ACGGCGGGGUGUGCGUUGGUGAUUUGGGGUGUGGUUGUGGUUAUGAAUGUUGCGCUUUUGGUGCUUGCGGGGUUGGGCGUUGCGUAGGUUGAUGAGUGGUGGGUUGGUGGAUGGGUGGACUUGUGGAUGGACUUGUGGAAGGACUGGGGAAUGAAUUACGAAAAAGGGGAGCAGGAGUUGCGUCGAGAGAAGAUGGGAGUGGGCGUAGCUAGGCUGGCUGGUAACGCAGUGAUGAAUGCUUUUAUUGCUUUACUUUGCUUUCCAUUUCUUUUCCUUUUCCUUCCUUUUAACUUAAACUUAAACCUCCAACCCACCAUGCCCUCCCAAAAUCCCUAAUACCAUCCUCAGUAAUCC